UAAUACGGAUAUUUUUGUUUAUUUAUCAUUAUACAUUCAUUGUUGUUUUAUUUCAUAUGGUUGUUAAAAAGGGCUAAAAAUCUAUACGAAAAGGUGUAAAAAUGAGGGUAAAAUGCGUUAAUAAAUAUACGUCUCUAAAAUAAUAUUUGGUUAAAAAGAGGACUUUUAGUUUAGUGUUGCUUUACUGUGGAGCGUAAUGAGUCACGUGAUGCGAGUUAUUUAGGCGGGUAACUGGCGAAUUAUGGGUCAGAACUAACUCGGCGGCAGAGAGAGAAGACUAACUUAGCAGCAGAGGGAGAACAACAAUUAAAGCUAACACGAGGUCUAAAGGCGCACACGUUUUCACGGUGUCCGAUGAAGGACCAGAGAGAGGGAGAGAGAAAAGGAGAAAUAAACCUUCAAAAGACAUCAGUAUGACUCGUGGCCAUUAUUCCAUUAGACCGGUGUAGCUACAGUGAAAACGUACCGCCAUCGCGGCCCAGAGUCCAGCGCGUGUGCCCGCGGAGGAGCGAGCAACGCGGCGGAGAGUUCAGCGCGUGUGCCCGCGGAGGAGCGAGCAACGCGGCGGAGAGUUCAGCGCGCGUGCCCGCGGAGGAGCGAGCAUCGCGGCGGAGAGACCAGCGCGCGUGCCCGCGGAGGAGCGAGCAACGCGGCGGAGAGUUCAGCGCGUGUGCCCGCGGAGGAGCGAGCAUCGCGGCGGAGAGACCAGCGCGCGUGCCCGCGGAGGAGCGAGCAACGCGGCGGAGAGUUCAGCGUGCGUUCCCGCGAAAACGGCGCGGAGCACGCCAAUUCAAGAAAAAGACAGUUUCAACAACGAAGGCUAAAGCUAAGCAAAGUUUCAGCGCAGCGCCAGUUUCAGCUAAGUGAAGUGUUCAGGCAGGACAUUGCAGCUCUGCACUCGGCGUCAGGUUUGACUGUGCUCCUUUCACAAGACACAAAAAAAAAAAAAAACACUUCUUAUGAGAAAAGUAAUUCAUUUAUCAGUAGAGUCUAAUUGUCAUUCCUGUUUUAUGAAUGUGUGAUUAUUGUGCAUAAUGGUACUUUAAAGUAAGAUUUCACAAGCAUGUUCAAAGAAGUGCAUUAAGGGUUAUAUUUAAAUAAAAAAAAAAGUACUUGACGUUAUUUACUGAACAGACAACUAUAUAACUGUUAAGGUCGUAUGGUUAUAUGUGUACACGAAGCUGUCAUUUCUAAAAAAAUGUACAAUGUCAAUUCAUGAAGAAACUUUAAAAAAGGGUGAAGUUAGUGAACAGUUAAAAUCACAAUGUGAUGAUGUUGAACAGGAAAGAUUAGAGUCACUUACAGGUGACAGUCAAGCUAACCUAGAAGUAGAAAAGAUAGCAGUGGUAGAGCCUGCCCACACCACCUCAGAGACUGUUGAACCCAGAAAAUCUUCACGUGAGAGAAAGUACACCACCAAAAUGCUAGAAUUGAAAGAACAAGAGGCCUUUCAUAGAGAGAGCAAAUUCAUCAAGCUGUAUGAACGCUGGAAAGAUCAAGUUAGAGCUUCAAGAAACAAACUUAAGGAUGAGUGCUCUGACAGUGGUUUGGCUAGCAUGAUGGAUGAUAUUGAAGGGCUAGAGACAAAAUUGAAAGAGUUGUAUGAAAACAUACGAACUCAACUAGCACCUUCACCUGAGAUUAGAAGAAGGAUGGAUUCCUGCAUAGCAGUGACAGCAGAUCUGAUAAGGCUCAUGAAAAUACGGAUGAGUGAAGUGGGGCUAGAGGAGUUUGAUGCUAAAGCAGAAAACACAAUACUUCAUAAUGUGCUCGAUAGAGAGUAUGCCCAAUCAAUAUUUGGGACUACAAUCUCCAGGUCUACUGAUGGUAGUAGCCACUCUCAGUCAUCAGAACAGCAAAGCAUUGCAGCGAAACGAGCAGAGUGUGCCGCACAGUUUGCUGCAAAAAGGGCUGAAAUAAAAAUGGAGGAGGCCAUAGCUUCACAAAGGCAAGAACUAAAGAGAUUAGAAAAUCAUAGAGAUCUUCAAGUUCUAGCUGCCAAGCUCCAAGCAUACAGUGAAGAUGACUCAGAUCAGGACUGUGAAGAAAACAGAACAGUGCAAAACAAGGUGGCUAAUUGUCCUCAAGUACCUUUGUCCUCAAAAGAAAUUAAAAAGGAGCAAACAUGGCAGGAUGAUAGCACUGAACAAACAGCUCAUCUCAACAAUGAAGCGUCAUUAGCACAAGUCCUACAUGACACACUAGUCCUUACCAGACUUCCUGCACCUGAGCCUGCUGUCUUCUAUGGAGACCCACUCAAGUUCUUAGAGUGGAGCACAAGUUUCAAGACAUUGAUAGAACGGAGAUGCACAAGUCCAGCUGACAGGUUGUUCUACCUACAGAAGUACAUUGGUGGUGAGGCAAGGUCCGUGUUAGAAGGCAGCUUCUACAGAAAGGAUGAUGAAGCCUACAACCAAGCAUGGGAGGCUCUGAAUACUCGCUAUGGCCACUCAUUUGUAAUUCAACGUGCAUUUAGAGAAAAAUUAAACAACUGGCCAAAGAUCGGCCCUAGAGAGUCAGUUAAACUGAGACAGUUUAGCGAUUUCCUAACUGCCUGUAGCAAUGCAAUGCCUCAUAUCAAAGGGCUUCAGGUCUUAAAUGACUCCGAAGAAAAUCAAAGGAUGCUUCACAAAAUCCCUGACUGGGUGACCUCUCGCUGGAAUCGUCACGUCACAAAGUGCUUGCGUCAAACAGAGGAAUACCCCAGUUUCAAAGAGUUUGCUGAAUUUAUGGCACAAGAAGCUGAGAUUGCAUGCAAUCCUGUGACAUCCUUUCAUGCAUUGAAGCAUAUUGACGAAAGGCCUGGUAGAGACACAAGGCGCCCAAAGGCUAAUGCAUUUAUGACAAAUGUGAAGGCACCUGAAAAUGCAAAUACAGCUAUGAAAGCAUGUGUAUGCUGUGGAGAAAGCCAUUCUAUCCACAAAUGCCAGAUGUUUGCUAACAAGUCCAUGAAAGACAAGAGAAGCUUUAUCUUUGACAAUAGCCUGUGCUUUGGCUGUCUUAGGAAGGGACACAAUUCAAAGGAAUGCAAGAAUAAAGCUACUUGUGGCAUAUGCAAGAAACAUCAUCCAACUCCACUUCACGAAGACCGCUCCUUUGUCUCUGCGAACACAUCUUCUGUUAGACAAGUACCAGAGAAUACAUCUUCACUUUCUUGUUGUCUUGACAGAUGUAAUGGUGGGAGCACCUCCAUGAUAGUUCCUGUGUGGAUUUCCACAACCACCUCUCCUGAAUCAGAGACCUUAGCUUACGCUUUACUAGAUACCCAGAGUAGCAACACCUUUGUAGACAAGGAGGUAUGUGAGAAGAUGGGGGCAGAUUUAGAGCCAGUUAAAUUAAAGCUUACCACUAUGAUGGGAAAGGACUCCAUCAUUCAGAGUGAAAGAGUAAGUGGGCUUAGAGUUAGAGGGUUUUCCUCACCAUGCUUUAUUAACUUGCCACCUGCCUACACCAGAGACUUCAUUCCACUUGAACGUUCUCACAUUCCUACUCCUAAAACUGCCAAGGGAUGGAGACAUUUAAAAGGAGUAGCCCAAGAAAUGCCAGAACUGAUGAAUUGUGAGGUCGGACUCCUCAUUGGCUAUGACUGUUCCAGAGCAUUGGCUCCACGUCAAGUUAUCACUGGAGGUGAUGAUGAGCCAUACGCCAUCAAGACUGACCUGGGUUGGAGCAUUGUCGGUAGUUCACCACAGGCUGCUAAGUCGACAGAAGUGACAGGUUUAUGCCAUCGUGUAACAGUUAAAGAGAUUCCCCCAUUGACACCAGCCACUGUUAUCAGAGCACUCGAAUCAGACUUCAAAGACACCAGCCCUGGUGAAAAGAGUGUAUCACAAGAUGAUAUACAGUUCAUGCAAUUACUGAAUAAGACAGUACAUCAGAAUGCAGACGGUCACCUGGAAAUGCUCCUUCCCUUUAAGACACAUCCACAACUGCCAGACAACAAGCAUUUGGCCCUGGUUCGACUGAAGCGCCUGAAAGGGAAAUUUGAGAAAAAUUCCAAAUUCAGAGAUGACUACCUCAAGUUUAUGGAAGGUGUCUUCAAGGAGGGUGAAGCAGAGAGAGCUGUAUGCCAACCCAAAGCUGGAAAUGUGUGGUAUAUUCCACACCAGGGGGUCUAUCACCCUAGAAAGCCAGAUAAAAUUAGGGUAGUGUUCGACUGCUCUGCCAAGUAUGGUGGCACCGCUUUGAAUGAUCACUUGCUGGCUGGACCUGAUCUUACAAAUGGGCUCACAGGAGUGCUCUGCAGAUUCCGAAAACAUCCAAUAGCAGUCAUUUGUGAUGUGGAAAAGAUGUUUCACAGGUUUCACGUAAACCCUGAAGACAGAGAUUACUUACGGUUUCUGUGGUGGGAGAAAGGUGACACAGAAUCAGUGCCAAAAGAAUACCGCAUGAAUGUCCAUCUUUUUGGAGCAGCAUCCUCCCCUGGCUGCGCAAAUUAUGGAUUGAAGUAUCUUGCAAGCCAAAAUGAAAAAGAGUAUCCUGAUGCCGCCAACUUUAUCAAAAAGAAUUUCUAUGUUGAUGACGGGCUUUUUAGCGUAAAAUCUGUUGACACAGCCAUCAAACUAGUGAGAGAUGCACAAAAUGUCUGUGCAAGAGGAAAAUUACACCUCCACAAAUUCAUCUCCAACAACAGAGAAGUUUUGGAGUCAAUUCCUGAGAGCGAACGAGCUAGCGGAAUCCAAGAUGUAGACUUGACUUAUGAAGAACUCCCAGUUCAAAGUGUGUUGGGAAUAAAGUGGAGCGCUAACAGUGAUACCUUUUUCUUUAAGGUCACUCUGGAUGAAAAACCAGCAACACGGCGUGCAGUCCUCUCAACUGUAGCUUCUGUGUUCGACCCGCUGGGCUUCUUUGCUCCCUUCCUCCUGCUGGGAAAGAAAGUUCUACAGGAAAUGUGUCAAAGAGGCAUUGGGUGGGACGAACCUCUGCCCACAGAGUUAAAGCCACGAUGGGAGAGCUGGCUUAGUGACCUAGAGAAUCUCCAGAAGCUCCAGAUACCAAGGUGCUUCAUCCCAGAAGAAAUGGGAAAAGUCCAAAGAACAGAACUACAUCACUUUUCGGAUGCUAGCACCCAUGGGUAUGGACAGUGUUCAUACAUUCGUGUGGUGGGCGAAGACAAAGUACACUGCUCACUAGUGAUGGGUAAAGCUAGAGUUGCUCCCACAAAAGUGGUAACCAUACCAAGGCUAGAGUUAACUGCUGCCGUGGUCUCCGCAGCAGUAAGCAGCAUGUUAAAAGAGGAGCUAGAGCUUAAAAUUGAUCAGGAGUAUUUUUGGACUGACUCACAGGUAGUGUUGGGCUACAUUAACAAUGAAGCUCGAAGAUUUCACAUUUUCGUAGCCAAUCGAGUUCAAAGAAUCAGAGAAAUGACUGACCCAGCUCAGUGGCACUAUAUCAACACUGAUCAAAAUCCAGCAGAUCACUCUAGCAGAGGCCUCAAGGUGGCAGAAUUGAUAAGUUCAGACUGGCUGACUGGACCCAAGUUCUUGUGGGAAAGAGAGAUUGUCGCACCAAAGUUAGUUCCACAGCUUCUGUUGGGGGAUCCUGAAGUCAAAGUGACACAAGCGUUACAAACAAAUGUAACAGAAGAGAAAAACUUCACAAACAGACUCAAACAAUUCUCAAAAUGGCAUACAGCACUGAAUGUCAUUGCACGUAUCCAACAUCUAGCAAAGGGAGCUAAGGCAGCAGAGCCUCUUAAUGUUGAAGAUCGAAGAAAGGCUAGUCUUGCACUUGUAGAAUUGGCACAAAAGGAUGCCUUUGAAGAUGAAAUGCAAAUACUGAGUCAUGACAAACUGCCCAAAAGUCAUCAGUUGUAUCAGCUUAACCCAAUAAUUCUAGAUGGUGUUCUCAGGGUGGGAGGGCGCUUAAAGAAUGCUUCUUUACCUCUUGACCUAAAGCAUCCAGUAAUCCUACCCAAAGAUGGUGAGGUCACACGCCUGAUUGUAGAUUACUGCCAUGAAAAAACUCAGCACCAAGGCAGAGGACAAACUCUUAAUGAACUGAGAGCAAAUGGCUACUGGGUCUUAAGUGGCAGCAAGGUUGUGGCAAAUCACAUUAAGCAAUGUGUGACAUGCAGGAGAGCUCGCAGGCCAACAGAAACACAAAAGAUGGCAGAUCUACCUGCAGAUCGCGUCAAUCCUUCGCCACCAUUCUCCUUCUGUGGGAUGGAUUGUUUCGGACCCUUUUAUUCUAAACAGGGUCGUAAAGAGAGUAAGAGAUAUGGCCUUGUAUUCACCUGUCUAUCCUCAAGGGCAGUGCACAUUGAAAUGUUAGAAGAUCUAACAACUGAUGCCUUCAUAAAUGCACUGCGCUGUUUUAUAGCUAUCCGUGGAGCUGUGAGACAAAUCAGAUCGGAUCAAGGGACCAAUUUUGUUGGGGCAAAAAAUGAGUUGGCAAAGGCUUUGAAGGAACUGGACCAAGACAGACUGACUGGCUUUCUUGCUGAAAAGCAAUGUGACUUCAUUAUGAACGUACCUGAUGCUAGUCACAUGGGAGGUGUUUGGGAGAGGCAGAUCAGAACUAUUAGGAGCGUCCUAAAUUGUGUCCUCUCACAGAGCACUGGAAGAAUAGAUGAUGCUUCUUUAAGGACAUUCUUCUACGAAGCCAUGUCAAUUAUAAACAGCCGUCCACUUGCUACCAACAACAUCAAUGAUCCCAAAAGCCUGGAACCACUCACACCUAAUCAUUUACUCACCAUGAAAAGCUCUGUUCCCCUGCCUCCACCAGGAAAAUUUGUAGCAGAGGAUCUGUAUGCCAGAAAGAGAUGGCGUAGAGUGCAGUAUCUGACUGAGCAAUUUUGGAGUAGAUGGAGGAAGGAAUAUUUGGGAAACAUCACCCUCAGACAACGCUGGCAUUCUCCAAGACGAAACGUAAAGAUUGGGGAUAUUGUCAUUGUCAAAGAAGAAGAGGUUCCCCGCAAUGAGUGGAGACUUGGAAGAGUAUUUGAUGUUUGUAAAGACCAAGAUGAACUGGUGCGAAAGGCCACAAUACAACUAGGCUCUAGAAAGCUAGGAAAAGCAGGCCAGAAUGUAAUGAAUACAUCUAUUCUUGAAAGGCCAAUUCAUAAGUUAGUUGUACUUGUAGAGAACAACUAAAGUUGUUCCUAAACUUUAAAAACACUUUUGUACAGAGUUUACAGUGUAAGGUUUUAUAUACUCAGUUCUGGAAAUUACUAGAUUUAUUCAUUUUGGAAUGGAUAUCAUAAAUCGUAGUAAUUUGGUGGGAGUGUAACUGUCAGAAUGCCAUGUUAAUACGGAUAUUUUUGUUUAUUUAUCAUUAUACAUUCAUUGUUGUUUUAUUUCAUAUGGUUGUUAAAAAGGGCUAAAAAUCUAUACGAAAAGGUGUAAAAAUGAGGGUAAAAUGCGUUAAUAAAUAUACGUCUCUAAAAUAAUAUUUGGUUAAAAAGAGGACUUUUAGUUUAGUGUUGCUUUACUGUGGAGCGUAAUGAGUCACGUGAUGCGAGUUAUUUAGGCGGGUAACUGGCGAAUUAUGGGUCAGAACUAACUCGGCGGCAGAGAGAGAAGACUAACUUAGCAGCAGAGGGAGAACAACAAUUAAAGCUAACACGAGGUCUAAAGGCG